AUUUGCGCCCAAACCCAAUUGCCCGACUAGUGUUCAUCUGUGCGUCAACUUCAGUGGAGGACCAGCAUUAAGGCAGUAUCGACUCACCAUCUCGUUGGAACAUCAAACCAAUACCCCGUGGUUGUCGAGUUCGUGCUCGUUGUUGCAAGUUGGAAGUAGCGGCGUGUGUGCUGCUGUAUCGAAAUCUUCAAGAUGGGUUGUAGCCAAAUUAUGAGCAAUCUCGGUGACCUGAUCAUGAACAAUAAGCUGGUCACCUUUCUGAGUGUGGCCCUUUUUGCGUUCGUAAUCACCGUGAUAGCGCUGGCAGUUUCGAACAACAAUAAUGCGAGUGAUUUGGAAGCGUGUGAAGCACAGCUCUACAGAUUAUUGAAUCCAACAUCUACUACACUUACUGCUUCUCCUACUCCUACGACUUCUGAAACCCCUGCACCCAAUCUAUAAUGUGACCGAAUGAUUGCAGAGAACCGAUUGAAGUAGUGCGUAAGAUUUCAACUAAAAGCUGCACCAACACAUGUUGUCUGGUGCAUCUCGAGCAAUCGAACAAUAAAUAUUUAAAUGAAGAAACCGUCGGGAAGGUA